UGUCUCCCCUCACAGGUCAACGUGGCGGUGGACCUCCGGAGCAACACUCUACCCUUCACCAUCCCACGGCUGGGCACCAAGGCGGCGCUUGUGCCCCUCUCCCUCCCCCUCACCUGGGACGCCGCAAUACCCAGGCUCUGGGAAAUCCGUGCCCGCGUUGACGACAUGAAGGCCUCAGCAGACCCCGUGGUGUCCUACGGUGUGGUGUGGUGGGCGGCGAGGGUCCUGCCAACCACCUGGGCGAGGCGACUCCUUCACGCCUUCCACCGACGCAUAUCCAUACAGUACUCCUCCCUCCCUGGACCUACCACUUCACUACUGCUCGGAGGGUACACAGUGAAGCAUAUCUACAACGUGUCUCCGCCCCGUAACCCCACCCCAGUGAGCGUGACGGUAUUGACCUAUGCUGACCAGGUGCACGUGUCAGUGGCGGCCCGUAGGUCACUUCCCGCCGCCCACGCCAUCACCAGGUCCAUACUGAGGGAGUUUGAGAACCAGUGUGUCCAGAUGUCGGACCUCCUGGCCAACCGCCGCAUCCCAGGGGAGCAGCGGCGCGGCCUCGUCUUCUCCCUGGGCGAGCUCAACCACUCUCAGUCCCUCGCUGACUUACAGAGUAAGCUGGGGCAGGUACAGGCGGAGCUACAGCAGGUGACGCAGCGGUACGAGGCGCAGCUCAGGUCGUCAUUAGCUGAACGUCGUUACCACCAGCAGCAAAACAGCGAUGGUGAAUCUACCGACGGGGACGACGCCUCGAGCGGUGCGUCGUCAGAAGUGGCGUUGCUGAGCGGCGGUGGUGGGGGAGGUGUGACUCGUGGGCUAAGACCGUCCACCAGUAGGUACGAACUGGCCACCAGGGUCCAGAACCUUAAGGAUGAGUUUACCGAUCUGCUGACGGAGAUACGACGAAGGAAGAGCGUCUCUGACAGUGGUGGUACUGUGGGUGUGGCCAUCCAGACAGAGUUUGAGGAAGAUGACGGGGAAAUCAGACGUCCCCGCAAGAGAGCCCUUUCGACCACCUCUACCUGGUCGUCCAAUUCAGGUCGUGAGGUGUCGUCCUGCAUGGCUCGCCCUCUCACCACACCCACCCAACCUGGAGCACCGCCCAUUUUGCCAAACAGGGACCACGCCAAACCCCUCAACCCCCCCAGAGCCCUUCUUGUUACUGAUAUUACCUGAAAUCCACUAAAGACUGACUUCUUCAAGAGUACUACUGUCUAGGUACCUGAAGGCUCCUGCAUGGCCAUUUGGAUGGAGCACUGAGUUUUUAUCUGAAGGAGAUUCCUAAUAAUUUACCUGAACAAAACUCCUAAUUGCUUACCCGAAGACAACUGCUUAACGUAUACUUCAAGAAGACCUCUCAUUGUUUACCUAAAGAGGACAAUUAUUUACCUAAAAAUUACUACGGACUAUUUACUAGAAGACGACUGCUGAUUGGCUAUCUCAGGAAAGGAUCCAUAAGUGGUUGCAUGUGUAAGAUAACUAAUUAUGAACGGAUUGUUGAAAGGAAAAACUUAGAUUAACAAGGUCUGUAAUUUAGAGUAUUUCAUGUAAUAUCAGGAUUAUUCCACAUAAUUCUGGAAUUAUAAUAGCAUAUGGAAUAGUGCAUAAAAACCUUGCAUAACUGUACUGUGAAGAUUGCAUAUUAUCUAGCCAGCAUAAUAAUAAUCGCCUUGAUACAUUACAGUACUUGUAUUGCCAUGAUAUCUGGAUUCUUCUAGCAUACAGGUAACUGAGUACAGUACAUAUGGUAAUAUAUAAGAGAUCUUGUGUUUUGCACCAGGGUGUGCUACUAGGCUUGAUUUUCAUGUUAAAAUUUAGUUGAAGCGUUUUUUAUUUAGUGAUUAUUUAAGAAGAACAUGGGACAGAUUCUUUGAAUUACUAAAAGUUAACUUUGAUCUUCCAGUUGCUAAAAUAGGGCCUGAAUAUUGCAGCUAAAAGUUUGUGCAGUACAUACCGUACUGAUCCCAUCUCUAGUUGUUCAUUAUGUAAUUAUUGCCUGGCCAUAAUAAGUAGGACAUCUUAUACUCUCCAAGACAUUUAGUGCAAGUUGGGUGCUGUUAGCAAUGAUUCAAUGACGAGAUGUUGCAUACAAAUUGGAAUACGUACAAUAAUUAAUUAUCGAACCUCUUAACUUGUGAUAUGAACACAACGUGAAGAAACUGCUUGGUGCAAACUGUAAGUUUAUCUGCUCUUGGUUUUGCUUACUGCACGUUCCUGUGAUACCUCGAGCCUGGAGAACCUAGUUUUGUUUUGUUUUGUUUUCAUAAUAACUUUAGCAUAAUAUUUAUUAAAUAUAUCAAACCAGAAUAAUAAUCACCCUUUUUACAAGUACGUAUUUACAUAUGGAACUGGUUGUGGUGAUUUUUUUUCAUCUUGGUAUUUCACUCGAAGUUACUGUUUUUACAAAUAUAUCACAAUUUAUGUAUUUUUAUUUUAUUCGUGUACAGUACUGUACAUUUACAGAAUUAUGGCUGUUUAUAGCUUAACAUACCAACGAAAUUUGGUUAUUUUAACAUUACAGUAUUAUGUUUGUAGAAUUCUGGUUCUUUUAGUAAAAAAUUCAAUGUACCCGUACAGUACAUAUACAGUAUUUGAUUGAAAAAAUAUGAAAAGGAUUCCUCACUCAACAAAGACUAUAAACUACAGGUAAUUCUAACUAACUUGUUCUUGAGUUUAGUGAUCUAUCCUUAUAAAGCAGCAUGGUUAAGUCUCAAUACUGUACAUGGCUGCCAAAUUUAAAAAGACUUAAAUUAUGUCUAUGACGUUGCAUAAUUUAAAAAGCUUGUUUUUUUUUAAAUUGUGAUUGAUUUUAGUAACUUGCCUUAAGUAGUGUGGCUGACUAUUAUUACAGUACAUAUCUUCAUGGUGAAAUUAAUGUAAUGUAUGAUUAUGAUUAUCAUACCUCCAAGAUUAUUUAAAUUGUUGAAUUUAGUAUCUUUUAUUUAAAGGGAUUAACUUAUUUUAACAUAAAAUUUUCUAGUGUUUUAUAGAUUUUGGUUUUAAGUUGGCAUUACUGCACAGUAUUUAGUUUGACCGGGUGUCAGUGUUUACUGUACAGUAUACUGUACAGUACUAUAGUGAUGUACUCUGGGAGACUUCAGUAAAAUAUUACACUGUACAGGUAUAUAAAAUUCAGGCAUAUUAUAUGGUACAUUCUUCCCUCCUUUACGUGAUAAAUACGACUAAAUUUGCAUUAAUGAUUAAAUGCUAUUAUGUACAGUAUUUAUGUUUAUGGUUGAAUACAACAGUACAAUACUGUCGUAAGUCCUUGUUUACCAUUGUCCCAGACAAUGUUGUUUCUUUAUAACGUCGCUACUCUUUAGAUACCCAUGAUUCCGACAACGUCCUGACCGAUUCGUUAUAACGUCAUCACGGACUACUCUGUAUGGUGCAUCACCCUCUAUCAUCUUGACGCGUUACGCUCUCUCACGGAGUGUCACAGCGUCCCCUAGCGUCCCCAGUCUUUGUUAGGCUUCCACAGCAUACAUGCGUGCUUAAGUGUUUUUGCUAUAAAUACUGUACUGUAACCAUUUGAUAUGGCUUCCAAACACCCAUCAAGUGUUAGUGAUGCUAGUGUUGUGAAGAAGCAACGCAAGACCAUUAGCCUUGCUACGAAAUGAAGGUUUUAAACCCUCCACACACUUGCUCCACCUCUGCCCGUCAGUGAGCACAAUACAAAAUUCUUUUAUUUAUUUAUCUUCUUGAAUUUAUGUAUAUGUAGUGUAUUAUAUGGGACAAAGGGAGGCUGGGGAACGUAAAUAGCAUAUUUUAUCUAUUUCUUCUGGGGGAAAUUGAUUCUGUUAACGUUGUUUCCGUUAAUGUUGUGUUUUUCAUGAACGUAACCACGACGUUAAACGAGGACUUAUUGUACUGUGUUAUUUCAAAGAAGCUUUAUGUUGCAUCAGGUUUCAUUUUAAAAUCUUUCGCUGAUAACAAAGGCUAUCUCCUGGCAACAACAACAAAAUUGAAAUAACAAAACAGACAUAUGCAAGUACAUGAUAUAUAGAGUCUCUCAUGUUACAGGACAGUACUGUACAGCUUCAAAACUAUAUAUAUAUAGAGGUAGAUAAAUUAUUUAAAUGAUUAUUAGGAAGUAUGUUAUUACAUUUUAAUUUAAUUUAAGAAGAAUUAUGUUUCUGAAUUUUUAAUACAGGGUAAGUUGUUGUUUGGAGUAAAAACUGAGUUAAUGUUUCAAGGUCUUGGCCAUUGAAACUUAAAUUUAUUACAAAGCAACAUGUUGUUGUUGUUGAGAUGGAGAGAAGAGAGCCAUUUGCUCUGAAGAUAAUCACUGUAACAUAAACAUCAGUGACUGUUGACCCACCUCGGCACUUUCUUGGCUCAUACAGGGUAAUUACAGUACAGUAUGUAUGGAUUUUAGUCUCCGCUAGGAUGUAUCUUAUUUUCUGUUUAUCAGUAACCAUAUUUAAUCUCGGUUACUAGUUUUCUACAGUACAGUACUGUACACUCAGUUAUAUUAGCUUAACUUUUUUAUUGUGUAUGUUUCAUUCCUUUAUUGGUGUGUAUCUAAAGUGCAUGAUUUCAGGUACAUUCCAUAUUACUUUCAAAAUUCUGUCCAUUCUAUGCAUGAUACAGGUACAGUAUUUCUCUACACACACUGUGGUGUUUAUGAAAUUUGCAUCUCCAAUUUUAUGUACAGUAUCUUUUAAUGAAUUGCCCAAAUCAUUUUCAGCCAUACUUCAACUUUUUGGCAAGUUACCUACUAUAAUACAGUACGUCUGUUUUGAGAAGACAUCUUUAAAGUAGAGUAGCCUACUGUACUCUUUGAAUUGCAGUAUAUUUACAGAAUUUGGUCAAAAAUACAUAAUACUGUAGAAGGAAAUUAAUGCGGUACAGUAUCUCCAAUCUACUAUAUGAAGUUAAAGUACUCUACAUCAUAGUGUCUGACAACAAUAUAGAAUUGAAAACUCUAAUUCUUUCUCAUUGUCUCCCUCAUUCCUUUACAUUUACCUGUGACCAAUUAACAAAAACUCUUUUUAUCAGUUUCUUUGUUAAUGACUGUUGUUAGUUUGGUAUUAUUUCUAGGCUGAUGUUCAUUAUACAGUAGAUUUUAGUCCUGUUUGUACCAAGGAAUACUUUUGUGUGGUGGACGGUGAGGUGAUACAGUACAGUGCUUGUAACGUGUACGGUGUCCACAAUUUUGUGUAUAGGUACAGGUAAGAAUAAGUUUAUACCUGGCCAAUAAUAUGAGCUUUUGUCACAGCAAUGCAUUAUGUACUCAGUGCAUCAACAUCCCAUCCAUUUGUGAACAGUAUUCCACUGGAUUAUAGUCAUUAAUUGUGUGAUCUUACGACAAUAAUGUAAGAACAAGGAUUAACAAUUAGUUAGAUGUCGUCUAGCGAAAGUUAAUGUGACAUUAGGUUACACGAUUACACCGCAGAUUUUUUGUAUAUUUAUUGUUAACAUACGAUAUGUUGUUUCUGGAACAUAACUUGUCAAAGUUGAAUGGUCUAGAUUCCACGAUUUCACACAUUUUAUAUUUGUGAAAUAAGUAGUUCUUCACUUAUCCAUAAACUUACUCUGCAUCAUUUGCCUAAAAGACUAUAGAUUAGGAAAUGUAGAAUGUAUGAAUCGAAAUUUUAAGUAGAAAUCUCUCGAAAUCCAAUCGAAAACCUCUAGAAACCAUAAGCACAAUUAACAUUCCUUCUGAAUGAUUACUAGACAAGGCAGUUGCAUGUAACAGGUGACCACCACGUUUCUCUUCAGAGGGGUUUUACUAUAUUGAAGAUGAGUAGCUGGCUAGAGCAUGUGUAAGUCGUUCCCCAAGCCCUUCCUCUUAUAUGAGAUUUUAGCACACACGUUUACGAUUACUGUAUUUGUAAAACCAAUUAAUUGGUAUAUACCCACUAUUAUACUACUACACUGAAGCACAUGGGUCGAAUACUUGAAAACAAUGAAUAAUCUGCUGAAAACCUGAAGUGUCCAUUGAUCUUAACUCUGAUGGAUAUUACUGUAUAUACUUCAACACUAGAGAACUUUUAAAAUACAGCUGUUAGGGAAGCAUUACUGAUAUUUCCCUUGGUUUACUUAAGUCUCUCUAAUUCAUUACCCAGUACAGUACUGACAUGACAUUUGACAACAAGCGAAGUCUCUAAGAUAAACAAAUGGUGAGAUUUAAUGGUUUGAGGUGAUACAUUAUAGUUUUAAUGCAUUACCUUCGACAUAGUGGUCAGAAGUGUUUAUGGUGAUGUGCACAUACAUACAAAGACAGACCCAUAUAAAGUACCUUUGUAGAUAUUUUAAUGAUGCUACUUUCCACAUUUCCUUUUUCGGUGGACCACUAAAAAUUUUCGGUUAUAAGGGUCAGGAUAAUAAAUCAAAAAUAUUUUAAUUCAGUAGAACAUGUAUUUUACAGUAGCUAUUUAAUCAGUAGUAGAAACAGAUCAUUAAUAUUCGUAUUUAUAAGUAAUGUACGAAAGGUGAUGAAAUGUGUGUGGCGUGAAGGUGUCAGCCACAAACUAUAUUGUCACCCCUUGUACACCAUAGUUAUUUUUUACUCAUACUUAAUUAGAUAUUCUGCAAGUGUAAUCUGCAUAAUUAACUGCCUUCCUAUGUACUAUACUGCACACUUGUAUUCCCAUGUAUGGCAUGUGUAUGUUAUACAAUGCAUAUUACCUUUAUAUAAAUCAUAUUGAUUAUACUUCUCAUUACAGAACAUCUUUCUUAUACUUGUAGUAUAUCACUGACAUACUUGUUCUGCCAUUGUGGACACUGACAGCUCUCACUGUUAAAAUUUCUCUUGAAAUCUGACUUCCUUAUCUCACUACAAUUUAGUAUUACUGUAUUUACGGAACAUCUACAUCAUUUUCUAUUAAACAUUAAACUUAAGAAUGUGAUGUAGGUGUUACGGUAAUUAUCUCAGAAAUUAGUAAAGGCUUAUCAAAAUCAUCAUAGAUCAGAACCAAACAGUCAUGUGUUGGUCCGGUUCUGUGCUCUCACACACCGGCAAAAACCACAUGUCACUUUAUUUCUCAACAUCUGGCUCUACUGUGUUGAAAAGUUACGCCCUGAAAGUUUAACAAGGUUAAUAAUAAGGUAUCAAGGCGUUAUUGUCAAGCGAUGGUGGUAAGUAACAGUAAGACCCUCCCUAACGACUACUGGUGAAAGCUACAUGUCAAAAUUGCUGACUUGGCCGAGUUUAAAGUUGUUGUGAUUAAAUGAAGAUGACAGAUUAUGGUUUUUAAAUUUGGAAAAUGUUUGAGGAUCAUAUUUUAGACCAGAGAAAUUUGAACGUGAACCUCAGUUCACCGUGACAACUGCUGUGAUCAUUUUGUUAAUCCUAUGUUUAUUCAGGUGUGAACAUUUUGUUUAACCCUCUAUAGUGUUAAUUUUUGGUGUUCAGAUAUGAACAUUUUGUUAGCUAUAUUCUCAUUGUUCAAGUGUGAACAUUUAGUUUGACCCUAUUUAGUGUUCAUUCUUGGUGCUCAGAUAUGAGUAUUUUGCCAUUGUUCAAGCGUGAAUAAUUGUUAACCUUAUAUUCAAUGUUUAUAAAUAUUAUAUUAGAACUGUUUUUGUGUGAAUUUUGUUAUCAUAUAUUUAAUAAGUCGUAAGUCUGAACAUUCAAUAAAUCAUCUGUUUGCUGUGUAUUGUUUAAACAUUUUGUUAAUCUUAUGCCCAGUGUUUAUGUGUGAACGUUUUGUUGGUGUGUUGUUGUAUCGUCAGCUGCCGACAUUGUUAAAUAUGUUCAUUAUUUACAUGUAUUUUUUUCUUAACUUUAUUAUGAAUUCACUGGUAAAGUUUACACCUUUUAUGUACCUAAUGACAUUGUCCUAUUCACUAUUGACAAGUAAGUAAUUUGCUUUAUCCCAUGUUUUCUGGUACCAGAUGAACAUUUAUGUUAGUUAGCCCGGGUUUACUGUGAUGCCAACAUUAUAUUAACCUCACGUUUAUGAUGGUGUUAAUAUUCUUGUUAAUCCAAAGUUGUGGCCAUCUGUGAGCAUUUUAACCCAUGUUGUUAUCACUCCAUGUUUAUUGAGAUGAAAACAUUAUGGUAACACCAUUUAUAUUAUUAAAUCUGUAUUUAUUUGGAUGUAAAUAUUGUGUUAAUCCCGUGCUUAUUGAGGUAUAAACAUAAAGUUAACCUCAUUUAUUAAGGAUCCCCUAUUACGUUACUCACAUGUUAUAAAGCCUAAGCAAUAUGUUAACCUCAUGUUAUCUAGUGAAGCACAACACCAUUGUUACUCCCGAGUACCGGCGAUCUUUGAAUACUUAACUCCCAUGUUUAAGGUGUAAAUAUUUUUAAUUGACUAGUAGACAGUGAAGGCUGUAAAUGUUUUUGUUGACUUGUACCUGCUAUUGAUUCUUUUUUCCGCUGCGUGAGUGUACGACAACUCACCAUUACGCUACAUAUUCCGGCAAUACAUCUACGUAAUCGUACAGUAUACUGUAGAUCGUGAUGUUGAUUCCAUGAGACAAAGAAUAGGUUAAAAAAAAUAUUUUCUUGACGAAAACUCAACUCUGAACACCCUAGGUAAUAAAACUAUUGAAAAUAAGUGAAUAUGGAUUUUGUGUCCAGACUGGUGUCAGAAAAAAAAAUCGUAAGUGCAAAACAAUGAAGCUGUAGACUCGGUGUAGAGGGAUCACUGAGCGUAGUGUUGAUUGUAACGUAACUCACACCAGUGGAAGAAAAUAAUGGCAAAACAAAAUUGUCUUACUUCUACAGUGCUCUUUGGUCAGUGAUACUUGUUACGUUGUCCCUUAUUGUUUAAUGGUUCGAACAUUGUUUAUCUUAAUUGUGUGUACUGCGUUAUUAGGGUUACACUGACUGACGAAAUAUGUUAUAGGACAAAUAGCAGUGGGAGAGUGAAAUCAUUAUUCUGUGCAAGAAGUUGAGUGAUAUGUUAACAUGUUUUGUUAUGAUAUUAAAAGUGAAAAUAUGCAUAAAUUUUAAUAUAUAAAGAAAAAAUAAAAACAUGUACAAUGAUA